UACUAGUCGUUGUAAGAAAUCUAUGGAAAGUUCUUCUUUCAAACAAUCAGGCUUUUUAAGGAAUCAUCAAGGUGCAGUUCACGUAGUGCGUCUCUCAUCCAGUGGAAAAUAUUGUUUGUCGGCAGGAGCUGAUAAGAGUGUUCGACUUUGGAAUGUCGAAAAACAAACCCUCAUAAAGACCUAUACCGGUGGUCACGGGUAUCCAAUCUUUGACUUGGAUCUUUCGUCUUCUAACAGUCAGUUUAUUUCAGUGGGUGAGGAAAAGUUUGCAGUUGUAUGGGAUGUACAGUCUGGGAGAAUUGUACGCAAAUUGGGAGGUAGUUCAAGUGGACAUACUCAGCGAAUCAAUGCAGUUUGUUAUGCACAUUUUAUCACUGAAGACUCCAUCGUCUGUACAGCCUCCUACGACCGUACAGUUCGUUGCUUUGAUUUGCGUGCGUCCAAUCGUUCCUCAGAUCCUAUUCAAGUUUUGGACCAAGCAGCAGAUAGUGUAACCGAUGUUUGUUGUUUUCAAUACGAAAUCCUGACAGCAAGUGUAGAUGGAUAUCUUCGUCUGUAUGAUAUUCGAACAGGCUAUAUUUUGAUGGACUAUUUGGGACCGCCUGUAGGAAAGUGUUGCUUUUCACAUGAUGGAAAUUGUAUUUUGGCAAGUUGUUUGGAUUCUUGUCUUCGACUCAUAGAUAAGAGCAAUGGUGAUUGUCUGGCACAAUACAAAGGACAUGUUAACGAAGAAUUUGCACUCCAUUGUGAGCUGACCCUGGAUGAUGCCUUUGUAGUAUGUGGUUCAGAAGAUGGAAGUAUUUAUUAUUGGGAUUUGACAGACUCGGUAAUUGUACAAAGUUUCUAUAAAGCGCAUAAGAGUACUGUUAGUUGUGUUGCUACUCAUUCAAACUUUUUGGUGAGUGCUUCGCAUGACUCGACUAUCCAACUGUGGACUAGGAAUAUGAAAACAUCAUGAACAUAUCAAGAGGGCAGACAUUAAAAGAAUAGAGAUGGAU